AUGGAAUCUAAAGAUUUAGAAAAAAAAUCUGAUAUAGGGAAAGAAGUACCAAAAAAAGACAGUAAUGAAAAUAAAAAUAUUGUAAAAGAAAAAAAUGAUAAGUUGACAAUUAAAAAAGACAUGAAAAAAGAUGAAGGAAAUAUAACUGAUAAUGUUAAAUAUUCUCAAAAAAAUGUAACAAUUGAAUUGAAUAAAAAAAAUUUCGAUUCUUCAAAAAGUGUUAGUAGCUAUUUUAGUGAAGAUGAAAAUUGUGGACAAAAAAAAGAAAAAUGUAAGCAAAAAAUUCGACGUUACAAUUAUUGUAAAUAUCAUGAAGAUGAACGUGAUGGAAAAUUAAUGACAAAAAAAGAAAUUAUAGAUAAAUGGCAUCGAAGUGAAUUAAAAAGUGCCUUUCAUGCAAUGGUUGAUGAUGCACGUAAGAAAUUUUUAGAAGAACCAGAAAUAUCUACAACACCUCUCAUGACUAGUGCUUCUAAUGAAAAAGAAAAAACAAAGUCAGAUGUAAUUUUAUCAAAAUCUUCUCCUGAUAUCAAAGUUACUGAUGGAAAAAAAGAUAAUAAUACUAAUGUAGUUUCACAGAAAAUUAUUUCUGACGGUAAAGGAGAACUUAAGACUGACAGAGUUUUAUCAAAAUCACCAAUUCAUGGUGGUACUUCUAAUGGAAAAGGCGAACUUAAGAAUAAUACCGUUUUAUCAAAAUCACCAGUUUAUGUUAAUACUUCUAAUGUUGUUUUACCAAAAGUUUCUUCUGAUGGAAAAGGUAAAACUAAAACUGAUGUAGUUUCAUCAACACCAACUAUUAAUGUUAAUACCUUUGAUAAGAAGAUGGAUAUGGAUAAGAAGAUUUCACAGAUGACUUCUGAAAUGGAAAAUCUUAAUGAAAAAGCUUUUUCACUUUCACAUCAGCCAGAAAAUAAUUUAUCUUCAGAUUCAACAAGUAAAGAAAGUGAGGAAAAUGAAUAA